UAUUGCGUCUGGAAAGAACGAGACCAAAGCGGGUCUCUAAAAAUUUAUCGCGCCUACCGUUAGCAACACAUUUGUAUACAUCAUGGCAGCCAGCACAGACGAAGCAAAGGAAAAUGCAGAUUCCUUGUUUAACGAAAUUCAGAGAAAAAUCACAGAGGCUUUUGAUAUUUUCGACCAUGAAUCAAAUAAAACCGUUGAUGUGAGAGAAAUUGGUACAAUUGUGAGAUCACUGGGUUGUUGUCCUACAGAAGGUGAAUUACAGGAUAUGUUACAUGAGAUUGAAGAAGAAGAAAACACCGGUUAUAUCAGAUUUGAAAAAUUUCUUCCUAUGAUGACAAAAAUCUUAAUGGAAAGAAGAUAUAAACCAUCACCGGAAGAUAUUUUAUUAAAAGCUUUUCAAGUUUUAGAUGUUGAAAUGAAAGGAUAUUUAACCAGAGAAGAAUUAGAAAAAUAUAUGACAGAAGAAGGUGAACCAUUUACCCAGGAUGAAUUAGAAGAAAUGUUAUCAUCAGCCGUAGAUCCAGAUAAAGGAACAAUAUUAUAUAAAGAUUAUGUUUCUGAAUUAACUGUUGAUGAACAAUAAUACCCUAGGUUUUAAAUUAAAAUGAUGUAAAGGACCCUGAGAUGUUUUGUAAUGGAUUAUAAAACUCUUAAAUUGUCCAUAAGGAACAUGUCUUCAGAUGUCUAACAUUUUAAUUUAAAAUAUUUAAUAGUGAGGAGAAAAAUGUAUGGUAUAAAGUUGGUUAAAGGGGGUCAUUAUUAACUGAACUUUAGUGGGGGUCCAGGGGGUGUAUAUAUCCAUUUGACAAGUUCACUUUGUCUCCUGUCAAUUGUGCAUUUCAAAAUUUCUUUAUUGUACCUGGCCUUUCUAGUUAUGAUUAAGUCUGGCAUAUAUAUAAUCUGUAAAAAUUAAAUAUGAAUUGAAUAUGUUAAAAGCAGUAUUCACCAACAAGUUGUAAAUUGUAAAUAAUAUUUUAAAAAGUCAACAAAUCUUAUAUACACAUACUAUUUAUUAUUUAUAUAAAUAAAUUAUCAUUAUAUCAAA